AAGAAGCGAAAGCGAACGUUGACAAUUUAUGCAGGUUUUUUACCACGCUCUCCCUAUCUGUUCUAUUGUGUCAUUUAUACUUAUUAUUUGUUUAUACAUUAUGUUGACCAACAUAAUGUUGAAUGCCUUUCGUAUAUCGAGUCGCAGUUGGUGGCGAGGCGUUUACUUGUUCUGCAUGCUCUCCGUGUUGUUGUUUGCUAACACUUAGCUGCAAAGCUAAUAACGUGCGUGUUAUUACAGUCACUUGUGGGUGUGUAGUUGCGUGGAUAAAAGUGGUGCUCUGUUGUCUUCUCCAGCACCAUGUCGAAGAGAAAAGUGACAUUUCAGGACGGGAACGAAGAGUUUGAACUGGAAGACGACGGGCUCACGAAGAAGAGCUGUGAGGCAGUGAGUGGACCAGGUUCCAGGUUCAAGGGCAAACAUUCACUAGACAGUGAUGAAGAGGACGAAGGAGGAGAAUCAAAACACAGCAAAUACAACAUUCUAGCCAGCGAUGAUGUGGAGGGUCAAGAAGGAGCAACUAUCGACUAUGAUGAGGGAGUAUCUAUUACACCUUUUAACCUAGAAGAGGAGAUGGAGGAAGGUCACUUCGAUUCAGAGGGAAACUAUUUCAUCAAAAAGGAGAAAGAGAUUAAAGACAACUGGCUAGACAACAUAGACUGGGUAAAAAUAAGAGAGCAGCCUUUCAAAAAGAAGAAGAAAGGUCUGGGAGCCAAGCGGGUGCGCAGAGCUGGUGAUGAGGAUGAGGCUGAGGAGGAAAAGCGGAGGGAGGAAAAGCAAGUAGACAAGGGUGAUCAGGAAGAGGAAGAGGAGGAGGAGGAGGAGGAGACACCUGUAGAGGACCCCCUGGCAUCCUACACGCAGCAUCAGCUCACUGAAGCUGUUGUUGAGUUAUUGGAACCCGGAGAAACGGUUGCUACGGCGCUCCGUCGGUUAGGAGGCCUUGGGGGGAAGAAGGGGAAGCUGAGGAAAGAGAACGAACCCACAAAGGAGAACAAAAGAGAUGCCGAGAAGCUGGAUAAGCUCACAGCUCUCGCUGACAGACUGGUUGGAUCAGGGAUGUUUGAAAUCUAUCAGCACACUUAUGAGAAACUAGGAUUUUUGAUGAAGAGGAUGACGAGCAAGCAGCCAGCAGACAGGCAGAGAACCAGGUGUAGUGACGAUGAGGAUGAACUCGACAUGUUUGGCGACAAAUUUGAUGAGAAAGUUGAGGAAAAAUCAGAAGACAAAGAGGAUGAGGAAGACAAAAGAGUGACGGAUGAAGUGAUGUGGGAGUACAAAUGGGACAACAAGGAAAACACAGAGGUCUACGGCCCCUUCACCAGCCAGCAGAUGCAGGGCUGGGUGGACGAAGGCUAUUUCAGCGACGGCGUGUACUGCAGGAGGGUCGACCAGGAAGGGUCUCAGUUCUACAACUCAAGAAGAAUAGACUUUGAUCUUUACACAUGAAUUAUGGCCAUAAAUGAUCCUCAUCAUUUUUGCAGUUUGGUGUUGUUUAUCCCAUAAUUCUUUCAAAGUCUUCCCUGUCUCUUCUUUAAUUUGAAAAACAUGAUAUUUGUUUUAAAUGUAUUUCUUUUCUGCAUGUUUUUAAUAAACUUGCUGUGUUUAA